AAAGUACAGUUCUUUCACCCUCAAACCUUCGUUUUAUAGCAUUGUAUACCAUCAAAAGAAUUUUAGUUAAAUAUUUGUAUUUAGUUGAAUUUAUAUAUAAAACUAAAUGUUAAGGGAGUGAAUUGCUCAAUUUUGUUAGAGACAAUUCACUCGUAGAAAUUAUAUAUAUUAGUAUAACGUUCGACAACUUCAUGUUUCACAAUGAGUGAUUAUUCAGCGGUCGCUCCGCCUCAAAAUUUUAGCCAAAGCUCCGCAUUUGCGGCAGCUUUGCAACGGGCAAAGCAGAUAGCAGCGAAAAUUAAUCCUGUUAGUCUGCAAAAUAUUCAAGAUUCUAAAUUAAAACGUCCUCUUGAAGAUAGUACAGAACCUGAAGCAAAGAAAAUGGCAGCAUUAGUAGCAGAUCCGUUGAUAGGACUUCGUGGCCCUACAAGUAAUAGUUCUAUUGGGGAAGGAUCCAAUCAAGCAACAACUAAAGUAGGAUCACAAACAUCUUCAUCUACUCCAAUAGGUGGUAUGGGAGGUAUUUGCAAUGAAGAUAUCAGAGUUCCAGAUAAAAUGGUCGGGUUAAUAAUUGGGAGAGGUGGAGAGCAAAUAACCAGAUUACAAAGUGAGACAGGAUGUAAAAUACAAAUGGCUCCAGAAGGUGGACUACCUGAACGAGUUUGCACACUAACUGGUUCACGAGAAGCUGUCAAUCGAGCGAAAGAAUUGGUGCUUUCAAUUGUGAACCAAAGAAGUAGAACAGAAGGAAUCGGAGAUAUAAGUAUGAGUGGGAGUAGUGGAGGAAUGAUAGGACAUCCCGGUUUUGUAGAAAUUAUGAUUCCGGGUCCAAAAGUUGGAUUGAUAAUUGGAAAAGGAGGAGAAACAAUCAAACAGCUUCAAGAAAAAUCUGGAGCGAAGAUGGUCGUUAUACAAGAAGGUCCUUCGCAAGAACAAGAAAAACCUUUAAGAAUAACUGGAGAUCCUCAAAAAGUAGAAUAUGCAAAACAAUUAGUAUACGAGCUUAUAGCAGAAAAAGAAAUGCAAAUGUUCCAUAGAGGUGCAAGAGGUAGUGAUAGAGGAGGAAAUUAUUCUAAUGAUAGUAAUUUUAAUCAUGGCUCUUCUAAUAACGAUGGAGUUGAGGUAUUAGUUCCAAGAGCCGCAGUAGGUGUUGUUAUUGGUAAAGGGGGAGAUAUGAUAAAAAAGAUUCAAGCUGAAACUGGAGCAAGAGUACAAUUCCAACAAGGAAGAGAAGAUGGUCCUGGAGACAGAAAAUGUUUGCUAUCUGGAAAACAUCAAGCUGUGGAGCAAGCUCGUCAACGUAUUCAAGAACUUAUUGAUAGUGUAAUGAGGAGAGACGAUGGUAGAAAUAAUAUGGGUGCCAGAAGUGGGCCCAGAGGAAACGGUUUUGGUACUGGUAGAAAUCCAAAUGAAUAUGGUACUUGGGAUAGGCGCCAAGGUGGUCCUAUGCAAGAUAAGAUAGAAACUACUUUUACUGUACCUUCUUCAAAAUGUGGUAUAAUUAUUGGGAAAGGGGGUGAAACUAUAAAGCAAAUAAAUCAACAAACAGGAGCGCAUUGCGAAUUAGACAGGCGGAAUCAAAGUAAUGAAAGUGAAAAAAUUUUCAUAAUUCGUGGCAAUCCUGAACAAGUGGAGCAUGCUAAGAGGAUAUUUAGUGAAAAAUUAGGAAUGGGACCAGCUAGUACUUCUUUCACAGGUGCGCAAGGAGCAAUUGGUUAUAAUCCUAGUUGGAACGCUGGAACAGGAUAUCAAGCCUGGCCCAGUCAACCUCAAUCUAGUGAUGCAGGUAAUGCUAGUCAAGCACCUGUGCAAGUUAAUCCACAAACAGGUCAGCCUGAUUAUAGUGCACAAUGGGCAGAAUAUUAUCGAUCUCUUGGUAUGCAUAGAGAAGCAGAUAUGAUAGAACAACAAGCAAAACAAGGAAAACAAGAUCAUAAUCAAGCAGCAGGAAGUGCACAAAAUCAAUCAAAUCCUGCAACGGCAACAGCUUCUACUCCUGGUCAACAACAACAACAAACACAACAGCAGCAAACAGGUGCUGCUCAAAAUGGAGGUCAAGCUGAUUAUAGUGCUCAAUGGGCUGAAUAUUAUAGAAGUAUCGGUAAAAUAAAAGAAGCUGAAGCAAUAGAAGCACAAAUGAAAGCAGGCAAGUUGGGAAUACAAGGAAAUCAAAUUACACAACCUCAAAUGCAACCAGCUAUGCAGAAUCAAUCGACUGGCCCACCUGGUAGUACACCAAACACAUUUCCACAAGCUUAUGGUAGUUAUCCAGGAAUGAAUGCUGGUUCAGCCCCGACUGGUUAUUAUGCAGCAGGUGCAGGGUCUACAAGUCAACCACAAUCUGGACAACAAAAUCCAACUUUUCCUGCUAAUUAUCAAAACUAUCCUUACUCGCAGUCCAGUUCUGAUAAUUAAGCUUCCAGAGGAAAAUAUAAGCUAUAGUUUUCAAAUAGCUUUCCAUCGGGAUGUGGUUAAUGCCUGCUGUACCUUCAUAUGUUUAUAAAAAAUUACUGCAAUUGCUCGCUUUAUAAAAAUCAUUAUUAUCUAAAAGCACCGUUAGAAACAAUUAUAUUCUAUUAAUACUAUAUUACAAUUUAUGGUUUUUUUUAUAUACAUACAUAAACACAUGUAUACAUAUAUAUAUAUUGUAGGAUAUGCAUCAUUUUAGAUGUAAGAUAUAAGAAACAUUAGUUAUUGAAUAUUGAAGUUAAUAGUAUAAUGUAAUAUCAAUAUGAUGUCCACACCUGUGUUUUAAUUACGCUACUGUAUGUACACUUACUUCAUAACAUAUAACUGUAAUAUAAGUUAAAACUAGCAGGUGCAGCAGCAGGUCUGAAAGAGGAACGAGGGAUCGCCAACAUUAACCAUAUUACUGCACCCAUGUUUCAUUAAAAUUGUUGAAAAUUAUACUUUCGAAUGCGUUACUACGAAAUAUUUAAGUAUCUACCACAAUAGAUCAUUAUUUAUGUCUCGCAGAUUCAUUCAUAGAAUAUUUCUUUCAUCAAAUUUACAAACCUCUAUACAAUAACAAGGUUGUAAAGAGACAGCUAAACUUUAUUUUUAUUACUCAUCAUUUAUUGAUAAUAUGUAUUCAAAGAACUAUGAUAUAUAUGACGCUCUAUAUACAUAUGCUAUUAUAACAAUGCUAAAUACAACAUUACCUUUA